AUGGGAUUUCGACACAGAGACUUUCCUGAUCAUGUUUGUCUACUCAGAAAGGCGUUAUAUGGUCUCAAACAGGCUCCACGCGCCUGGUAUCAGUGGUGGUUCACUGAUUUUGUUACUAUCCAGGGUUUUCGUCAGAGCAAGUCAGACAACUCUCUAUUUAUCUAUCACCAUGGUGCUGACAUUGCUUAUCUUCUUAUUUAUGUGGAUGAUAUUAUUCUUACCAUUUCCUCUGAGGCUCUUCGUACACGACUGUUACACACCUUGUCUGGUGAAUUUGCGAUGAAAGAUUUGGGACCACUUUCGUAUUUCUUGGGCAUACAGGUGACAAGGACAAGUGAUCAUAUGGUUUUAUCUCAGCAUGCGUAUGUUAAUGACAUCAUUCAUCGGGCGUCUAUGGACUCCUGCGAAUCGGUUGCCACACCUGUUGACACACAGUCAAAGUUAUAUGCUGCCUCCGGGCCUUUAUACGACGACCCAACUACCUACCGUAGUCUUGCAGGUGCUCUUCGGUAUCUCACUUUUACCAGACCAGACAUUUCUUUUGCGGUUCAGCAGAUUUGCAUGCAUAUGCAUGCUCCUACGAUUGAUCACUGGAAUGCCUUGAAGCGCAUUAUCCGCUAUCUUCAAGGCACAACUGCUUUUGGUCUUCAUUUAGGGCCCGUACCUGAUCUACGUCUGGUGUCUUAUACUGACGCUGAUUGGGCUGGAUGCCCCGACACUCGUCGGUCCACAUCGGGUUAUUGUGUUUAUUUGGGUGAAAAUCUCAUUUCCUGGUCUUCUAAGCGUCAGCCGACUAUUUCCCGCUCCAGUGCCGAGGCCGAAUAUAGAGGGGUUGCCAAUGUGGUUGCGGAUAUUUGUUGGUUGCGUAAUCUUCUACUCGAGCUUCACCAUCCUCUUGCUACUGCCACCUUGGUCUACUGUGACAAUGUCAGUGCUGUUUACCUCUCCGGCAACCCAGUUCAACAUCAGAGGACUAAACAUAUUGAGCUUGACAUCCACUUCGUUCGUGAGCAAGUGCGACGUGGCAGUAUUCGAGUAUUACAUGUUCCGUCACGUCAUCAGAUUGCUGAUAUCUUCACAAAGGGUCUUCCGCGGGUUCUGUUUGACGAUUUCCGUACCAGUCUCAACAUCGGACCUCCUGACGUUUCAACUGCGGGGGUGUAA